GGUGAUGCACGUGCCUUGUUGACACUAAUGUAUUUAUGACAGAAUGCACGAUUCUUAUGCCUGAAAGAUCACCACACCAACAACUCCAAUCAAACCUCAAACAAACAGGAUUGUAAAAAUGACCUCCACCAUCAUCCUGCGUGUAAUUCUGGGAGAGAACAGUGCACAGAAAGUGACACUUCAGAAUGGUGUCCUUUGUUCUUUGGCAGAGUUAAUGAAUGAGAUACAGACACAGUGUAAUUUAAUGGGAGAAUUCAGACUUCAAAUCAUGGACCCUGACUUACAAGAUUUUGUGAACCUGACUUCCACAACUGAUGUUCAGAACAAAAGCACCCUUAAGGUCAUCAAACUCUGUGACUCUUUCGCAGUAUCUCCAUCUCCCUCAUCAUGUGACACAGACAUUCUGUCUUCAAGAUCAUCCUCUGAAGUAUCACAUUCUUCAUCCCUUGACCCCCAAGAGUUGACUUUGAAUACAAGGUCUUCUUGGCCAACCUGUUUUGUUGUGCCCCGUUUCUCCUAUGAGGCAGAAAUUAAGCUGGAACAAGGCAAUUCAGAAUACCAAAAAAAUGGCAUUCUGCUGAAUCCAGACCCAAAGCUGAAAUCAGACAUUUUGGAUGGACUUGCUGAAGAAAUAGUAAAAUUCAAAGUGUACCUUUCUGAUGCUGAAUUCAGUGAAGUGGCUGAAGCUCUUAUAAAACAGCAUCCUUGCCUUAAGGAACAAGGAUCCUUAACAGGCUGCAGUGGCUGGAAAAGAAGCCUUAAAUAUAAAAUGUCAAAUUACAGAACCAAGCUGCGAAAUCUUGGUUGUAGUGAAGUGACUGUAAAUGCCAUGAAGCACAAACCUAUGGGUGUAAGCAAUCCAGCUUUUGGGGUCAAGAAGCCACGCAAGGCUGAAGUUAACUUUUGUCCCUCAUUUCUUCCUGGUGAAACUCCUGACAGCAUGGAGCAAAUAAGAGUCUCCCUUCUUUCUGAGGUUAAGAAGAAGAACAACGAGCAAACUCUGAGAAGAUUAAUGGACCUAUCAUUUGCAUUGAGAAGACAAGAGGUUGUCAAAGAAUCUCCACUUAUUGUUGACUUUAUGGGCUUAUGUAUGUUUUUGUUCCAAGAAUGUGAGUUAUUUUUGCUGGAUGAACACACUCCAAGUCUUCUGAGGAUCUUUGCCAAGAGAGGUGGAGCUCAGGGACAAAGGAUAAGGAAACUUCUAGUGCCACUUACACAGUGUGCCUGCAUUAAUGUUAAGAGGGAGUGUUUCCUCAAAGCCCUGUUUGUGUACCUAAAUGAGGAUCCUGACAAUCUCAUCAAGGAGUACAUGGAUGUAGAUUUUUCCAACGCUGAAACUGCAUUCAAAGAAAUGGUGAUGGGCGUUUUUGUCAUCAGAUGUGAUGGAGGUGAAGGAUGUGAAGGAUGUGAAGAUGAACCUGCGGACGUUGGAGUAGUUCUUGAAGGAGUUACAGCACUAGAAGGGCUUGGUAAUGUAACUAAUGGUGUUGCAUUGCUGAUUGGGCUAAUAUAUGCCCUAAAUCUAAGUUAUCCGAAGGAGCUUCGAUACACCUUUGAACUCCUGCAAAAAGUGUUCCUGGAGCUUGAUGGACACAAACUCUCCACCAAAGUUCAAGCGCUCAAGACCAAGCUUUUUACACCCUGAAUCUAUAACUA